AUGGAGAAUUCCUUCUCUAAAGACCGCAAGGCCCUUGCAGUGAUUUCCGAGCCGCCCGAGACCCCAACGUUCGCGUUUUUGCGCCUCCCGACCGAACUGCGCAUCCAGGUCUGGAAGCACUACUGCCCCGACUUGUGCGAAGUGCCUCGCUUGCUUGAUUUCGCGAUCGGGGCCAUCCGUCCUUUUGGCAACCUGGGCCAUCCAUACCAACACAUUUUACGUGGCUUGCGUCUUGUCGACAGGACUCGCAGCCUACGAUGCGUUCUUGCCGUCCACCAGCAGUCACGCGGCUUCGCGCUCGCCUUCUUUCCGGACAAGCUCACUGUGGGCUACUGUGCCGACCUCGCGAAAGAAUGCGACAUUCCUUUUCACAAGCAGAGAGAUCUAGUCUACUUGUAUGGCUUUACAGGCGGCACUAUUCCCCCUCACGAACUGGACGUCGCCACAAUGGUAAGUAGACUGGCCAGCGCCCCAGAACCAGCGCAAGCAGAUCCCUCUGCCACUUCGAGAGUCCGCCGGCUUCUGUUGCGUAUAUACGCGGACGAAUCCUUCAAGUACACGUAUGAGUACUCGAUCUUGUACCUGCAUGAUUUCUGUUCAAAGGUUGUCAACGUGGCGUAUGGAUUCUCCAGAUCCAAGCCGUUUCCAUACCCGCUACAGGAGAUGACCAACGGAUUAUAUUCAAACCUGAAAAACGUCUUUUUGCAUCUCGACGUCGGGGGCGAGAUGGAAGAGUGGAUGCUUAUCCCUGUGAAGCAUCGCUGGUGUGCUUCGAAGUACAGCAGCCACGAUGAGACAAUAAGCGAUAAGAGCGGUCGCUGUCUUGAGAGGGCGUACUGGCCUAAUCUCACGCAGCACGCAGAGUAUGCCAGAAACAACCUUUCGCCUUCAAGUGCUCCAGAGCUGAUACCGAAUCUGAAAGAUAUCGCAUGCUUCUUUGAGCUAUACGGCGUGCAGGUUUGGCCAAUGCUGGUCACUGACCCGAGCAAGUUCACGGCCUAUGGCGACGGCGAGGACGAUUCCGAAGACCAGUUCGCUGACGAGGGCUCCGAAGAGGAAUCCGGUGAGGAAUCCGACGAGGACGAUUUCGAAGACUGGUUAUCUGGCGAGGGCCCCGAAGAGGAAUCCGGUGAGAAGUCCGACGAGGACGAUUCCGAGAAUUCCGGCGACUUGGAGAUGGCAUAG